CAACAAUGACAUAUAUGAGAAAACUUUUAGUUUUCUCGUGAAUGCUUGAUAGUUAUAUUGACCACGGUAACGAGGAAUAAGAAAUAAAAGUGACAGCUACACACUAUUGUAAAACACAAUUAAUGUUACGACAACUUGUGUUUAUACUCUUCACAAAUUCAGCUGUAUUAUUUGCUGGUUGUACUCAAGAAUGUCGUAUAUUGCAUCCUGCUUAUGCCAUUGCUUCCAAGGCAGAUGUUGUCAAAUCUACAACAUGCGGAAAGGAGUUGAAAACUUUCCAAGAUGCUAUUAGUCGACGAACAUUGUGGAGCUUAAAAGUAUUAGAUUCCAGUGGUCGCCCCAAACCGGGUUUCCUUUACGGAAAUAAUUAUUGGCUGGGCAGUCGUAGUCAGUGUCUCGAUACGAUGAAUACGGCUCCUCUACAGAUCUCAAAGCACAAAAUACUAAAUAACACGCAUUAUCGCGAUCCGCGAAAGGAAUUUCCACCUUUCCAAAUAAAUUAUUUUGUAGCUUAUUUGAGACACAACAGUACGAUACAAUAUCACGUAAAUAUGUUUGACGAGAAUGUAAUUACGCUCGGACUCUGUUUACCAGCAUCAUGCACUAUAAACAAUCUCAGCUUUAUUUUGGAAAGAAUAUUUCGUGACAGAGUUAUCUUCGAUGAUCUCUACUCCGCGGACUUUCAGCUUAUCGAGGUUAAAAAACUAAAUGACGAUAACAAAAGGCUACCCAAUAAUGUGUUACGUUUCAUCUGUGCUGGCUUAGGGUUUUCUUUUCUCAUGACAUCAAUCGGUACAUUAUAUGAUAUAUUUAUAUAUCAAAAACGAAACGUGGUAAACGUGCCUGCAGCAUUUGGGAAAAAUAAAAUUGGAGAAAUAUUAAUAUGUUUUUCCGCUUACACAAAUACAGAAAAAAUAUUUAGCACAAAGUUGGACGCCAGCACAAUACCCGUUAUUCACAGCUUAAAAGUUCUAAGCAUGUGUUCAAUAAUCAUGUUCCAUAGUGUAUAUUAUACAUUUAAUUCUCUCGACAAUAAAGUAUGGCUGUGGAGGUUCCUUGAGAGUUAUCAAUACAUAGGUGACAUUGGAUUCAUAGCAGUUGAUAUUUUUUUUCUCUCAAGCGGAUGUUUAGUGACAUAUAUGUAUUUACGAGAUAAAGCGAACAAAGUACCAAAGCCGAUUGGUCGCGGAGAAAAAUUAAUUGAAUUCUUUGUUCAUGUAAUAAAAAGAUUUAUUCGGCUGACACCGGCUUACAUGACGGUGUUAGGAAUAGCGCAAUUAAGCUCGGCUUGGUUUGAUAAAACAUCGAUAUUUUACAUGUACGAAAGGUCGCACGAAACUUGUGCGAAAUAUUGGUGGAGAAAUCUUUUGUACAUACAUAAUUUCUUUGGAAUAGAUGCAAUGUGUAUGAGUUGGAGCUGGUAUCUAUCAAAUGAUAUGCAGUUCUAUGUAAUCGCUAUGGCAGUGUUGACUUUGUCGACUAUAUACUUCUAUACCGCUGUUACGAUAUUGAGUGCACUUUUAAUAGGCUCAAUUAUUCUCAAUGGUUAUAUUUCACACGUUUACGAAUAUGUCGCGACAUUUGAUGAACAGCAAAAGCUUGCAGAUAUCGUCUAUAUCCCACCAUGGAUGAGAAUAAAUCCAUUUAUCAUUGGGAUAUUUACUGGUUACAUUUUGACAAAAUUAAAAAAUAAUUUUGUUUUAAAAAACAAACAUAUAAUUUUGUGCCUUUGUCGGUGCCUGGCUAUUAUUUGCAAAAUAUUUGUGAUAUAUUUGUCUUACAAUCGAUACACAUCCGUUCUAGCUACUUCUAUUUAUGUAGCACUAAACAGACUACUUUGGGCAAUAUGUAUUGCAUGUAUUGUAAUAGCAUGCUCCAUUAAAAACCAAGGCACCGUUAAUCAAUUACUCGCGUUCAAGGGCUGGAUUCCUCUUAGCAGGCUGACAUACUGCGCGUAUCUUUUAAAUCCGGUCAUCAUCCAGUCGAUUCAUUUAUAUAGUGAAACAUCGAUUUAUUUUGAAUUUCUGUCCCGUAUUCUUAUGACUUUGGGAUACAUUAUAAUCACUUACUUUUGUUCUUAUGUAUUAUCUUUGAUGUUCGAGAUGCCCUAUAUUUUGUUAAUAAGAAUGUUUAUCGAGUACCGUAAAAAGCUGCAAAAAGCCGCAAAAAGCCGCAAAAAACAUAGAAAAAAACAUGGAAAAAAAAUAUAAUCUUGCAUACAAAUAUAAACUAUACCGGUGCUUGGGGAGUGCAUCGAGAUCCUUCGAUAUAUCCAGAUCCAGAUAAAUUUGAUCCGGACCGAUUUAACGCGGACGCGGUAGCAGAAAAGCAUCCUUUUGCUUAUUUACCGUUCGGGGAAGGCCCACGAAACUGCAUUGCUUCGAUAUAUUUGGCUGAGUGUUCUGUCAAAAUACAAAUUCAAACUUCAUUCCCAAACUUCAGUCCCGCUUAUUUUCAAUGGAAA